GAAACAUUUCUCAUCAGUCAGUCUUGUACGUUUAGCUACACACACGACUACACACAAAGUCCAGAAAAAAUAACUAGAAUUUUACAAAAUUGUCGUCUACAUCAACCAUUUUUUUUUUUAAAUUUUCAAAGUUUUGUUUUAAAACUGUUUUGGCAAUGUCGAGUUAUAUAAGUCCAUACAAAAGUAGUUGCAUUUACUGUAGCGAUGAAGUGUCGGUAUGCUCUUUCCUGGGAUAUCGGUCCAGAAUUCCUGUAGACAAGUCAUUGGCCAGGUCGAACUCUUGCAGUUCCGAAGAUUCGGGUACUGAAAACGCCUCCUCAAAAAGGGCUUGUCCUAGUCAAAGGUCACGUCAAUCGAAGAAGUCCAAAAGUACUCUUAAAUGUUCUUCCUUUAAGAAGCCUGCGAAAUGUCAAAAACAACGACCAAAUCCGGCUGUUACAAAAGCCUUGCAGCAGAAAAGAAAGCUUAACAAAGAAUCGGAGAGUUGUUCCCCAGAGCCUCUUUUUAAAGCUGUUAUUUUGCGAGAGAUGAUCAGGCUUGGAAGACAACCAAAAUCAACAUUUGGAAAGGCUGCAAAGAGCGCUCGGUCUAGUAGAAAAUGCGCCCCAAAAAGAUCGUGUAAAGCUGAGAAUCUGUCAGAGAAUCCUGCGAAUCUAAUGGAAAUGCUGUUUGGAGCUCAGGAAAAUGCAAUUGAAAAUGCCGUAGAAUUCGAAUCAUUAUCAUCAUUAAUCACAAAUGAGGUGCCAAGGACACCUUCUUUCGAGCACGAGGUCCAGGUGCAUAACCAAGACUAUCCGCAACAAAUGGAAAACUUAGGCUCAGCAAAUACUGAAUUUGAGUCGUCUUUGAUGGAUUUAGACGAGGAGUCGGCUUGGACAGCACCACACUAUAUUUUGGAAGAACCAGAUUCAGCAUCAGACAAUAAUUCCAGCGAACUCAAAUCUACCAUGAGUAGUCAACAUAACAUUUCUACAUAAGCAUUGAUUAUAUCAAUAAAUAAUUAAUCUUA